AUGGCUACAAAUUAUCCUCAGACGACUUCAAAUAUUCCACUUGGAAAUCCGAAUGAUCUUCCUCCGCCUUAUUCCGCUGUUGUAGGCAAUCCCCAAUAUGGAUUCGUACUACCUUCUGGACAACCAAACCUUGGACCUGAAGGGUCAUUUCCACAACCAAAACAAUUUACUGCGCCUGGUGUUUACCCACACCCAACAGUUGUCACUACAGCUCAGCCUCAAGUAGGAAAUGUCCCCCCUCCUCCGCCCGGUAUAUCAGUACCUGUAGGAGUAAUAAUGCCUCCUGCAGUUGGAACUGAACCUACUACUGUCACUUGUUUUAGUUGUGGAAAAGUUGUUACAACAAGAGUUACAUACACUACAGCUUGGCAUACUCAUUUUGUGGCUGGGUCUAUUUGUAUAAUAACAAUGGUGUGCUCACUGUGCUGUCUUGGACUUGUACCUUACUGCUUUGAUACAUUUAAGGAUGCUGAGCAUUAUUGUCCCAAUUGCAGUACUUUUAUUGGCAAAAGCAACAAAUGU